AUGGACUCUUGGGGAGUAGGGGUUAUUGUGGGCGCAGCUGUGCUUUACGGAGACCAAAUAAUCCUCGAAACUGUUCUGACUGAGGUCAUUGAUGUUGAAUGGGAAGACUCUAAUGCGUUAACCCCGUUGAUGAUGGUCAUUAUCUUACGAUCAUUCGAAUCGGCCAGGAAGCUGCUGCUGCAUGGAGCUGAUGCAGAGGGCACUAAAUCAUGCGGAUUCUCAGCGAAGGAAUUGAUUUUCCGACUGCGAGACUUCUGUGAAGAAGUUGAGGGAGUGGACGGAGUUGACCAAAGGUGCGAAGAUAUCUGUCAAAAGAACGAGGACUACAUGGAGUACAUCUAUGAAGAAUUUGGUGCAGAAGUGGGCGUAUUUUUCCGCCAUGCCUUCCCGCCAUACGCAGAUAAGAGAGGCAUGCUCAAGGAGUUCAAUGAUGCAAUUAAAAUGCUGGGAUUCGACUAUGGUGAGCAAGAACAUGUUAACAUGAUAUCUCAGGGCACUUUGAAGGAACAUGAUCAUACAACUAUAACAUCAAAAUGUGAGCCUUUCACGCUACAUCUGCUGGCCAUCUUCGGAUAUAUGAUCGGCAUGCUCGCACAACGUUGGCUACGACACUUGGGAUUCUCUGAGCUGGAUCUCGCAGCUGCCUCCUUCAGUGCUGAGGCUGGCGGGCUUGUUGCUGCUGGCACUGCUUUGCAGUCGGUUGUGGAAGAUGGUCGUAAGAAACUGGCGGUUUUCAUCUACUUCUAG